AGAUAGCAUGCCAUCAGUAGCGAAAUAUCAGUGUCGAAGUGAAGAGCUUUCGGUUAACAGUGAGAAAUGGAAAUGUUGACAGUUUUUUCGUUAAUAGCUGUUGCACUAACUAUAAGUUCGAGUUAUGCUCCCGGUGUCGACGCUUGCGGUGGUUACAAGCUGUACGUGGAUUAUUUCCGCAACUGCGGCAAGAACGAUAUAAUUCAAUUAUCCGAUGAUUUUGGACCAGUAUUGAACGAAGAUUGUACGGUUGCGAUGAACGGUUGCUCAACUGUGAAGCGAAGUUUUAAAACCGCUCAAGUUACUUACGAUCUCACAAGAAAUGGUGCUCACUAUACGGGUACUAAAAAUGCUUGCCAGCUUUUGGAGAGCGUACACGGUGAAGUUCUUUCUAUCAUGGAUUCGAUCGGAGCACCUCAUCAUUGCCCUAUCAAAGAAGGCACCGUAUGCGCCGAAGGUAAACAAAUCAGCAUACGAAAACAUCGAAUCAAAUUACCCAUGAUGUCUGGAACAACCAAAGGUAAAAUGGAGAUCAAAACCAAUUCUGGCAACGCGUGCUUCGAGUUUUCCGCUUCUCUCAACAGAAGAUUAUUCUCCGGUUGAGACACACACGCGUGAAAUAUUAGCCCCCAUCAGGCUAAAUGCUGCGCCUAAACCUAUCAUCUAUUCUUAUUUCCUAUUUUGCUAUUUGCUACUUGCUAUUUCUACUCCUUAUCAUUACCCAUUUAUUACGAUGACUAUAAUAACGUCAAACGUAACAAUCGUGAUCGGAAAACAAACACACGCAAAUACUCGUAGUAGGUCUGUAGUAGGUAGGUAUAUUGCCCCGAGUGUUUCUAAACUCUAGAAAUAUUGAGGAAAAGUGAAAAUUCGCUGCUGUUGCUGCUGGCGCUGCUGCUGUGGCGUACAGCGGUACAGUGUACAGCUCGACUCGACGCGCCGCGCCGAUGCAAGGUGACUAAUUGCAGCAGCGAGCGUAUGAUAUCCAACCGGCCACCGCACCGCUAUAAAUCAUUUUCCAGCAACUCCAACGUCUCCAACCAAUAAGCCAACUACAAUUUAUUACCUCAUAACGCGUAACGCGACGCGCAUUUUCCAUCGCAUAACUUUUGCCAAGUACUCCGUACUCGUUUCGUGCCUCACAGACCAAUUCGUAAAAUUAGCUAAUCUUACUCGUAUAUACGAGUACGUAGAGGUAGACGUACAUUACAUACUCGUACCUCUACCUACCCUUAUUACUCGUACCCGUACCUGUACCUUUACCUACUACGAGUAUACUCGUACGUUUGUUUUGAAAAUCAGAUUUUUCAUUUUCACAGCAAUGAAUCCCAAAAGACGCUCAAUUCAUUUUUGCCAUCCAAUUUCAACGCUCCCGAAAAAAAUUGUAAAAAUUUUCUCCCACAGGGUUUGGCUGACUGAAAGUUACGUAAGUUUAUUUUUCUUAAGCCCUUCAACUAACCCUAUCAACUUUUUACUUUGACCCCUAUUCAAUUUGAGAAUACGUAGGUGCAGCAUUGAGCUUAUAAUAGUAUGUAAAAUCGGUUCUCAUACGUAUUAUGUAGAUUAAGUAACAGUAUGAGUAGGAAUACCAUAGGUACCUAGUUACCUACUCGUAUACCUAUUAUAGAUAAGUAGGUCCAGGUAGGGUGCCCAGAAAUAUCGAGCACCCCUAAUUGUAAGAAAGUUUUUCAUUAAAAAUAUAGGUUGGCAACGUGAAAUAGAUGCAUAUGAUUGGUGGAAUGUUAUCUCUCCAGUCCAACAACCAAUCAUGUGCUAUCAUUAUUACUCGUAUCAUUCACUGUGACCAACCAAAGUAUUUUAGUAGAAAACUUUUUUAGGGGUACUCGAUAUUUCUGGGCACCCUGUACACAUUUUUCUAUUAAGUAAUUUAUUGUUUGUUGUUUUUGUUAUUGUUGUUAUUGUUGUUGUCGUCGUCUAUUUGUUGUUGAUAUUGUAAUCAGUGAUAUACUGGGUAUUAAGCAUACAAUGUUCAUAUCUAUCAAAAUUAAUCUUAGUUUUUGUUUAAUUAUAAUGUAGUAAAAAGUUAGUAAAUUGAUUUGUUCAAAUGCA